CUUCCGAUAGUGUUCAUUUACCGAUCACCGUCUUCGCAAAUGGCGCCCAAUCCUUUCACGUCCUGGCUGACCACCCGAAGGGCCAUAUCGUACGGGUCCAGUGUCGGCUACAUAAUGGUCAUCCGUAUGGCCUUACUGUUCUUCCGGUCCGACAUCGAGGACAUCAGUCACCGGUUUGUGGACCGCCAGAUCACCGAGAUCAGAGACAAGUACGAUUUCGUGGUGAUUGGCGGCGGUUCUGCGGGCUCCGUCAUCGCCAAUCGUUUGUCCGAGAACGCAAACUGGACGGUUCUAUUAAUAGAGGCUGGAAUCGACGAACCGGCGUAUUCAGACAUACCGCUGCUUUAUCCUUCCCUCCAGCGCUCGGAUAUCGACUGGCAGUAUAAAACAGAACCCAGUCAUUCGUCAUGCUUGGGCCUCAACGGGAACCAAUCUAGCUGGCCCCGGGGCAAAGUCAUCGGUGGCAGCAGUGUUCUGAACGCUAUGUUUUAUGUCCGAGGCAACCGGAAGGAUUACGACGCGUGGCGAAACGCCGGAAAUGAGGGAUGGGGUUACGAUGACGUAUUACCGUACUUCAUCAAGUCCCAGGAUAUGAGGAUACCGGAGCUCGUGAAUUCGGAGUACCACGGUACAGGAGGAUACCUCAGCGUUGAGCACUUCCGGUCGAAAUCGCCGAUAGUGGACAAUUUUUUGGAGGCCGUCAAGGAAGUCGGUUACGACGAAGUCGAUAUAAACGGCCGGAGUCAGACAGGAUUCACUCGAUCUCAAGGAACUCUAAGAGACGGGUUGAGGUGCAGUACGGCCAAAGCGUUUUUGAGGCCAAUCAAAAAUCGUCCAAACCUGCAUAUCAGCUUACACACGCAUGCCUUAAAAGUCGUGAUCGAAAACGGCCAGGCUACAGGUGUACUGAUAUCGAAACUGGGGUCGAUACCGAAGUUGGUGAUGGCCGAAAAAGAAGUGGUGCUCUCUGCGGGCGCAAUAAAUUCGCCCCACCUGUUGAUGUUGUCGGGGAUAGGGCCUGCCGACAAGAUACGUGAAGCCGGCGUAAAUGUCACUAAACACAUACCCGGCGUGGGGCAGAACCUGCAAGAUCACAUUGCGAUGGGUGGAGUAACAUAUCUGUUCGACUCGCCCCCCGAAUCCAAUCCCGAAGGCCUAGGUAUAGUGUUACCAAGGAUGUUUACGCUGAACUCGUUCAUGCAAUUCUUCCGCGACAAAAUGGGACCGCUGUAUAGGAUACCGCUUGGUGAAGUCAUGGGUUUUGUAAACACGCGCCACAAUGAUGAUCACGAUUGGCCGGACGUUCAGCUGUUUAUGACAGCAUCUGGGGAAAACGACGACGGUGGUCUAUUGAAUAAGCGGGACGUGGGCAUCACCGACGAGUACUAUGAGAAAGUUUUCGAGCCCAUAUUAUAUCAAGACGCCUUUACGAUAUCACCGUUGCUGCUGAGGCCGUACAGUCGAGGCUACAUCGAUAUCUCAAGCCCCAACCCUUACGCCGCUCCGAAAAUCGUGCCAAAUUAUUUCAGCGACCCGCGGGACCUCAGAACUAUAGUGGAGGGUGCCAAAAUCGGAUACGCCAUCAGCCGAACUAUGACAUUGAGCAAAAUCAACGCUACUUUGCACAACAUUGUCACACCAGGGUGCGAGACUUACGAGUUUUUAUCCGACAAAUAUUGGGAAUGUCAGGCUCGUCAUUACACGAUGACCAUUUACCACCCGGUCGGCACUUGCAAGAUGGGUCCGGUGGACGACGAGUAUGCCGUGGUGGACGAACGGUUGAGGGUGAGGGGUAUCAAAAGCUUGAGAGUGGUAGACGCUUCCAUAAUGCCUACGAUUGUUAACGGCAACACCAACGCGCCAACGAUCAUGAUAGCGGAAAAGGCGUCUGAUAUGAUUAAACAAGAUUGGGCCGGACCACCAUAAUAACUUAUAACGCAGUAUGUACAUACAGUAGGUGGUGGUAAAUCAUUGUUUG